UCUCCAGGGAGCGGGCGCGCUGCACCGAGGCAUGGACGCGACCACCGCCCCUCACCGCAUACCCCCGGAAAUGCCCCGAUACGGGGAGGAGAACCACAUAUUCGAGCUGAUGCAGAACAUGCUGGAGCAACUCCUGAUCCACCAGCCCCAGGACCCCAUCCUGUUCAUGAUCAGUCACCUGCAACGAGACAACAUGAAUGUGCCGAGGAUUGUGAUAUUAGGUCCACCCGCCUCGGGGAAAACAACAAUAGCAAUGUGGUUGUGCAAACACCUGAACACCAACCUGCUCACCGUGGAGAACCUGGUCAUACGGGAAUAUUCGUCUCUGGCUGCAGAUGCCAGGAGGCAUUAUCAGAAAACGAAGACGGUGCCCAGCACACUGCUCAUCAGACUGGUUCAGGAGCGCGUGAGCGAGGAGGACUGUGUCAGGCGAGGCUGGAUCCUGGAUGGCAUCCCCGAGACCCGGGAGCAGGCCCUGAUGAUCCAGACCCUCGGGAUCGCCCCCAGACACGUCAUUGUGCUGAGCUGUCCAGACACCGUCCUGAUUGAGAGAAACUUGGGGAAGAGAAUCGACCCUCAGACGGGAGAGAUUUAUCAUGCCACCUUCGACUGGCCCCCCGAAGCUGAAGUCCAGAACCGGCUGAUGGUGCCCGAGGGCAUCUCCGAGCUGGAGACGGCCCGCAGGCUGCUCCAGUACCACAGGAACAUUACCAGGAUCCUUCCGGCUUACCCCAAGUUCCUGAAAGUCAUCAGCGCCGACCAGCCGUGCGUGGACGUCUUCUACCAGGGUAAACGCACACGGGCGGCCGCAAUGACGAAGGUCCACAGAAAGCACCUGAAGCAGGUGCGUGUGCGCGUGCACGGUUCUCUUGGCCUCCGUUUUGUCAUCCCUAAAGUGGGAACGGAGAUCCUGUCUUCCUCCCAGGCUUGGCCAUCGGGACCAGCAGCCUCGGCGGUCAAGGCUCUGCCCUUCGCCCUUGACGUGGACGUGCAGCUCUGCGCUUCUGCACUUGCUGCCUCACUGAAGACACAACGGCGACCACCGGUAUGUCCCAAAGAGAAGCAAAGCUGCAGACACGGCCAUGCACCCUCUGGACCGGCGCAGCAGCGGGCCAGCGGCUGGAACAGGAAGACAGUGGAAACAAUUCUGACCGAACCCAGGUUUGAAAGGACUGUCACGCCGAGCAUGGAAGCUCGGCUUGGCCGACCGCAGCCUGGCCUCUCUGCCAAUCACGACGCUGGCAGCACGGCCGACACCUGGAGGCUGAGUCCAGGGUCGCCCGGCUGGGCCUCGGGGGCAGUGUUAUUUUCCCCAUCUUUUCAAAUUUACUGGGCAGAGGACCCCGGGGGCCUAUCAGAGCUCGUCCGAAAUCUCUUGAUCCUAGGCUCUUGGCGACCGCGCGGCGGACAGAGGGUUGGGAGCCGCUGCUCCUGCGUCCUGGACUCUGGGAUGUUCCCUGACACCGUCAUCAUGAAGGUGCUGGGCCAGCGCCUGGACCAGCAGGACAGCAUUCAGAGAGGGUGGGUGCUGCACGGCUUCCCCAGAGACCUGGACCAGGCGCACUUGCUGGACGGCCUGGGCUACCAGCCCAACAGGGUGUUUUUCCUGAACGUGCCAUUAGAUUCUAUCAUUGAGCGGCUGACCCUGAGAAGAACGGAUCCCAUCACAGGAGAAAGGUACCACCUCAUGUACAAGCCCCCCCCAACCAUGGAGAUCCAGGCCCGCCUCCUGCAGCACCCGAAGGACACGGAAGAGCAGGUCAAGCUCAAAAUGGACCUGUUCUACAGGAACUCCUCAGACCUAGAGCAGUUCUACAGGACGGCCAUCACCCUCAAUGGGGACCAGGACCCAUACACGGUCUUUGAGUACAUAGAGAGUGGGAUUAUUAAUCCCCUGCCCAAGAAAGUCCUCUGAUGGGUUCCGAGCAAGGGUCAGUCCCCCCCCCCCCGCAGGGAGACAAAGUCAGCCACCACCCCAACCUCCUAGAACCACAGCCAAGCCAAUAAAGAGUGCUGGGCACAGUCUCGUGUGUCCUAGAGAGGAUGCUGGAA